AUGGGUGCAUGUACUCAGUCUGUUUUACGCUUAACUGAUUUCCAAAGUACGAUCUCGGAAAGGAUACUGUGGUAUUCGAAGGCAAUCAAGCCAACAGAAGGGAAUUUCCUUGCUGGUAGUUAUGAAAUGUUUUUUCGAGAAACAGUGCCUCCUCGAGAAAUAGAUUGUAAAGGGACGAUUUUGUUAAUCCAUGGACAAUCAUUUUCAUCAUCAACAUGGUUGGAGAAUUCAACGAUGCAGAUUUUUUCUGCUGCUGGAUAUCGCUGUUUAGCAUUUGAUAUGCCUGGUUGUGGGAAAACUGGUGGGUCAACGGUUCCAGAUUCUGAAAAAGCUGAAGUAAUUCCCCUGGUAAUGCAGGCACUCGAACUUGAUAACGUUAUAGUCAUUGGGCACAGCAUGGCGGGGCAGUAUGUCGUACCGCUACUUGGAGCGAGUCAUAUAGCUUGUGUAGUUGCAAUUGCAUUGUCAAACACGAAUGUAUUACCAGCUACUCCAGAAAGUAUCAAAACAUCAGUACUGGUAAUAUGGGGAGAAAAAGAUACCAGUCUAGGACCUAAUGCUGCUUCUAAUCUCAGUAAACUGCCUAAUUCCAAGCUGUUGAGAAUACCUUCAGCAGGACACGCUUGUUACCUCAGCAAUCCAGUGGCAUUUCAGUCAGCUUGUUUGAAUUUUUUUGAAAUAAUGGGUUCUUGUAUUGUUUCAUCUGUAUAA